GACGGAGAGCUCCAGCCAGAGGCAGCUGUCAAGCGAAGAAAGCCCGCGUAAAGGAGCAGAAGCCGAGCCUCGCCGGGGCCGGAGGCGAAGGAAGGGAGAGACGCUCAAGAGCGCUGACGGGAGUAGGCGAGCCGCCCGCUCUGGCCCCGUGCCACCGAGAGGAGGGGCAGCGAAUCCCCAGAGCCCAUUAAAAAGCCAGGCUUAGCAGAAGCCAGGCGAAGCAAACACCUCCAUAGAAGGCAACAGCAGAGCGGCCGCGGCUACCGAGAGCGCCUUUCCCAGCGGCCGGAUCCUUCUCCUCCUCCCCAGCGAGGGGCCCCCAGCGAGUCAAACUUUCAGGGCUUCGCCUGCUGGAACCCCUGAGCUUCCGCCCUCCCCUCCCCAGGGUCGCCGCAGACGCAGAGCCCAGCCAUCGAGCGUGCGUGUGCGCGCGCGCGCGCCUGAAUGAAGCGGCUGGAGCGGUGAGCAGCGAAUCUCGCCCGCCCUCGCUUGCCCUGCAAGAUGAGUGCUACGCUCCCCAGCCUUGUGGCCUGGCUGGCCGUUUUGCUCCUGGGAAGAACGGACCGCCUCGCCGACGCCUGCAGCUGCUCUCCGGUGCAUCCGCAACAGGCGUUUUGCAAUGCAGAUGUAGUGAUCAGAGCAAAAGCUGUUUCCGAGAGAGAGGUAGACUCUGGUAAUGACAUCUAUGGAAAUCCCAUCAAACGUAUCCAGUAUGAGAUCAAGCAGAUAAAGAUGUUCAAAGGGCCUGACCAGGACAUUGAAUUCAUCUACACGGCUCCUUCAUCAGCAGUAUGUGGAGUGACACUGGAUGUUGGCGGCAAAAAAGAAUAUCUCAUUGCCGGAAAAUCUGAGGGCAACGGCAACAUGCACAUCACACUGUGUGACUUCAUUGUCCCUUGGGAUUCCCUCAGUGCUACCCAGAAGAAGAGUCUAAACCAGCGAUACCAAAUGGGCUGUGAGUGCAAGAUCUCCCGCUGCCCCUCCAUCCCUUGCUUUGUCUCUGCUCAGGAUGAGUGUCUGUGGACUGAUUGGGUGACUGAGAAGAACAUCAAUGGGCGGCAGGCAAAACACUAUGCCUGCAUCAAGCGAAGUGAUGGUUCAUGUGCAUGGUACCGUGGAGUGGCCCCACCUAAGCAAGAGUUUCUUGACAUUGAGGACCCUUGAGUCCCCAGCGCCAUGGCAGUCCAGUAGCAACAAAGCCUGCAAGAAAUUAGACUGGUCCACCUCUGACAUCAUUUCCUGGAAACAGCAUGAAAAUAAGGUCUCCUGGGCAGGCACAAUGGUGGUGGAGGGGAGGGGCUAAAGGAGAUGUCUAAGCCACCCAUAUGUUGGUUUGUUGGUUUCCACCCCUGUGUUGUGUCAACGAGCGGUUUCUUACAACUGGGAUCACAGUUAUCAACAUGCCAAGGCAUAGUUUGGGGGGGGACGGACCAGAAUGAACAGUACGAAUGGCUGAAAAAUAUUCCCUCUGAUUCUGUGUAGCAGGCCUACCAGGUUCUUAUUGUCUUGAGAGAGGGCAGCCACUGCUGUAGGGACAGCUCCCAUCCCAACCCCACUGGCUUCUGCUUGUGUAAAACCCUAUCUUCCCCUUUAUAUAUAUACAUGCACGCACACACAGCACAAAUUAAACUCUACCCUCAGUGCUUCAGAAUCAUUCCCUUCUCUGCCACAUGCGCACAUAGCUACUGGACUGAGAGCAAACCUAGCCCCCAAAACAAAAGAGGAUUGAUUUCCCACAAUUCUGGUGAACACUGCAUUCCCUUUCCUGUUGCAAAGCAGCUCCUGUGUGUUGCAAGGGCAGAGAGGGCACUGCUUUCAAGAACAACGUUUUGGUGACUAGUUGGGUCACAGUUAAUGGAUAUUAAACCACUGCUGUUGUGUGUAUGGGAUAACUGUGUGCAGAUUUUAGUGCUGCAUUCUCAAGUAUAAAGUUUUAAUAAAAGAAUAUUCAAGUGGGAAGCUGGGUUACCUAUCAGGUCUCCCAAUCAACCAUUUGCUGUGUCUACUUCCUAGAGCAUGCUUGUGCCGUAAAUGUAAUUCUAGUGCCAAAGCCCCUCCCAACCAGUGGAAAGACUCACUCUUCCCUUUUAGUAUUUGGUAGAUCAUAGGGGUCCUUCUUCUCCCCCUACUUAAAAUGUCAUGUUAUGUGGAGUAAUGAUUUUAACCAUGACCAUACUUCAAGCUCUUUAGCCUGCACAGUGCAGUAGUGAACCUUUGUGGAGAGAACUGCCCUAGAAGUCCUCCUCCCAAAAAUGUUAUAAUGGGAGACAGAAAUUCGAGGCACACCUAUCUAAACUGUGAUUAUAAAUGUUCCUUUGGAGUCACAAAACGAACACUGGCUGCCUGCAAAAUAAUCACAUCAUCCAGCUCUGUUUCCAGAUUUUCUGAACCUCCAAAGGAAGUUUAGAAAACUUUUGAGGGCCAGAUGUUAAAAACAUAA